CAGACGAAUUUAAAAAAAUAAAAAAAGCAUAUGGACGUUUAAAGCACGUGAGGGUAAUGCAAACACUGAAAAGAGAAAUGUGACUUAAAUGAGUUGUUUUUAUUAUUUCUUUUAUUAGGGUAUAACCCCAUUUUUGGUUCGUCCUUCAACAUAUGCAGAAGAUUUACCCCGUUCUCUAAAUAUUAAAGAAUUUGUAGAGGAGACGGCAAAACAAAAAGCUGAACAAGUUGUGGGGGAAUUAAUAAAUGAGAAAAUCGAGUUUGAUUUACUCAUUGCUUGUGAUACAAUGAUUUCAAUAGAGGGUAAAUUAAUUGGAAAACCUUUAAACAAUAAUGAUGCCUUUAAUAUUUUAAAAUCCCUUGAUGGACGUAAACACCAAGUUCGGACAGGAAUAUGUUUAAUAAACAAAAAGGGGAAAAAGAUUGUGUUUAGUGUUGAAACUGAGGUAGAAUUUGGAAGAAAUGGAGAUAAAUUAAUUUGGAAUUAUAUUAAUACUGGAGAAGCAAUGAAUCGUGCAGGAGCUUAUGCAAUUCAAGGCAAAGGGGCUGUCUUAAUUAAAGCUGUUUAUGGUAGUUAUACAAAUGUUGUUGGAAUACCUUUAAAUGAACUUAUUGAAAAAAUUAAAGAAAUUCUUUAUAAAUAA